GCCACGAAAGCGCAAUGUAGAGUCUAGACUCAGACGCUAGGGCACUGGAAAUACUGGCCUGUCCAAUUUGAGAGAGUUGCUGCUCAACAUACGCUAAGAUGGGGGUCCCGCAAAAUCCUGUCGUGGUGCUGAGCUUCUUGGGUGCGGCGGCGGCUGCCGUCGGCGCUUUGAGAAGAUGGAGGAGGGGCCGGGGGCAAGGCAUUCCAAAAGACAAAACAUCAACCGAAGUUAAUUUAGUGCAUCAGAUGGAGAAACCUGGCAAUCUGGGAGAGUCGCAAGUCUGGACGACCGGCCAAGGUGCUUAUUUGUCUGCAGUCAAAGGGGCAUGGGACAGUGAGAGCUCUCAGAAGGUGAAUGUGGUAGGCAGAGAAGAGGGGAAGGACAAUGCAAGUCCUCAAAAGGGGGUAUCAGAUGACAGUACCUUGCAAGAAGGGGGGGAAGACAAUGUGAGCUCUGGUGAAGGGGGGAUAAGCCUUGCCAAGCCAGAUGGCGGUGAAGGGGGACAGGCUGUCAAUUCCGAUGGACAGGGUUCACCAACGAAGGCUCCCAAGGAAAACAAAAUCAUCAGAGGAAGUAAGGUCUCCAGAGCAGGGUCUCCAAAGGCUGGGGGGAAGAAUGUGGACGCAACUGGAGAUGCUGGUGUUCCAAUUAAUGGUCCUUCUCAGAGAGCUGGGAUUGUGCCGGGGGUUGCUGGGAAGAGCGGUAAAAUGCAGGAGGUGGCAAGGGGUGGGGUCAUCGCUAACCAGGGUUUGGACAAACUCGACUCUGAAGCGCCUGCAGACGACAGUGCAUGCGACAAUGCGUACAAAGUGAGUGCAGAGCGGCAAGAAGCUGCUUCAGAGGGAGACAUGAAGCCAGAGGGGGCAACAGUUGACAGGACAGAGAAGGACAAGAAGGGGGAGUCAGCAAAGGUCCCAGCGUCUGCAGAGGUGCCGGACAAGAAGCGCGCCUCGUCGUCUCUCUGGGGAAUGAAGCGGGGCUUCCUGAGCUCUGGCAAGAAGACUGCACCCAAGGUCCGAAAGACCAAGGCCGCAGCAGAUCUAGAGGAGGGGAAGGAUGAUCAAGCGAGCGGGGGGGUAGAGGGGCCAGUCCAGGGAAAGAAGAACGCAGCUCUUGUUGCGGGGAAUGCCGCUCAUGCUAAAGUUCCCCCCCAGGAUGUGCCAGCGGAGACUUACAGUACCCCCAAGAAGGAGCGGUAUGUGGACACCGAGGCUGGCAAGGAUCGCGGGGAGUCUCCUGAGAGGACCCCCACCUCUGUGCUCAACGCCUUCCCGAACAGCCCCGAGAGCGUCAACGGGGGGCUGCCUUUUGCUGGUCCAAUGAGGGGGGGUGCGAGCGGGAAUGCAUGGAAGAGAGGCCCCAUCUUUGCGGACAGACCGGGGGGCUCAUUUGAAGGGGGGCUGCUGCCGCUCCCUGCACGGUCGGGCAAAGUGGGGGCCGGAAGGCACACCCUGCAAUCCGAGAAAGAAGGGUCAGGAGACAAAUGCGCAGCGGGGGAACCUGUGAAUGCGAAAGAGGGCGUUCAAAGGUCUGUGCCCGAAGAAGGAAAGGGUGGGCGUGGUACAGCUGUCCAGGAGAGAGAGCGCCAGGAAAAGCCUAGGGAGGGCAAACAGCCUGUGGGAGAAAGCAGACAGAGUGAGUCUGGAAGCAACACCACCGCCAACGUCAUCGCCGGCAAGCCCCUGCAGAACCUCAAGGCACCCAGUUCUCAGUCUACUAACGGUCACUCAAGUUUCGACCUGGGUUCCAACGAGGCCUCCAACUUCCCGACGCUUACGAGCGCAGCACAGCCCCCGCCAUCUGAUCUGCAAGGCAGCACAACCUCGCAGAUUGGGAGCCACCAUGGGGAAGAGAGCCCGGAAGGCUUCCAAUCAGCCUCCGAAAAGCACCGCACCCCACAAGGCUCCCCCGCCCCAGCCUCUCAUUUGCCCAACGGUUCCAACCUGGCAAAAACGGGUUCGACUGAUGGGUCUGAUUCUGCGACCAAAGACUGCCCGAUCCAAACGAAUGCAGCGCCCCCAGUUAACCGCCUGGGUUGGGCUAACUCGGAACAAGACCUGGACGGGUUCGACAGCGCCACCGAAAGCUUUGCCACCCCCGCGGCCUCAGCCCCAGCUUCCCCCCGGGUCAACCAACUGGGUUUCGCUAACCCGAAGAAAGAGGUUUCAGUUUCCCCCCCACCAAGCAAGUGCGAGAUCGAGGAAGCUGCGAGCGGACCGGCAGACAUGGUCGCGAUCGCGCAAGUGGACAGGAUUCAGGUAAACGGGGUUCCGAGCAGGGAAGCGAACGGGAAAGAACUAGAGGAGGGAAAAGGCAAGGCGGCAAUUGCGGUGGUGGCGGCGUGCACCUGGUGCGGGCACGCUCUUGGGGGUGAAGUCGGUGAUGAGCUGGCGCUGUGCUGCAUGCUGGCGCUUCAGAAGCUACAGGAGGAAGCCAAGGCGAAAAAAGAGAGCGGAGCAGUGGCGAUCAAGUCAGGAGCGGCAGUGGCGAGCAGUCAGGGCGUGAACGGGGGUGUGACGGUAGGCAAGGGGAAGGAGUCGGGGAAUGGUGUCAACGAAGGUGGCGCGGUAAGCCGGCAGCAGAACGGAGUGGGAGGCGCUGGAACGCACGGGAAGACCGGCGCGGAUGCUAAGGCGGCGAAACUGCGCAAGGUGGAGGCUGCGGCGCUUAGAGCUGCGGAAGGGACCCGGUGGGCUGCGAAAGUCUGGGCUUGGCUCGAGGGCACGUCAUACUCUGACGCCGCCCGCUAGUCGCUGUCGAGCGACCAGCCUGAUUGAAAUGAAGAUGGAUGUACAGACCGGUUCGAAUAGAUGAUUGAAAGUUGAAGAUUGAAAAUUCGAGCAGUCGAAAUAAGGAAGGCUUUGGGUGUUUGGCUUACUGUAUACGAACGGGCUGUAGGUGUGUGGUGGCCAUGGGCUUGGUAUAGCAGGUUUGCUUACUCUGUAGUAGGACUGUAUUGUACGGUGUGAUUACUCGUCAAAGGACGUGUUGCCGGUAGUGGUGGUCGAGUGCUUCAGCAAUCUUUUUGGGAGAUGUUGUGCGAACAAUCCUGAGCGAG